UUUGUCGCAAGGAGUUUUACUGUCACAGUACCUUUAUGUAUGUACCUCAGUUAGGCGAAACUUUUCUCUACCAGAAAUCUUGAUACUUUCUCCAGGUUACACAUUUAACACAUGCCCUCUAAUUUAUCACUGUACUGCUCGGUUGUAGUCAUUUUCCUGUCGCCCACGUCAAGAGAAACCCUAUUAUACUUCGCGUGUUCCCCGGCAUUCCCUAAUAUGCAUGGCGUGGCUUGGGGUGCGCAUAUUUAGAGCUUUAAUUUUUUCGUAACAAAUGAGCAACCAUUUUCUUACCACUCGAGUACACCAUCCGGUCCUUAGGUAAGGCGGAUGGUCCCAGGUAGUGUGCUCGUACCAUUCUUUUGUUCAGCCUGAACAUUUACGUCAAGUGCAGGCAAACGCUUUGCCUCGCCUCACGUUGGCAACAUGUGCUAUGGCCCUAUGGGCGAAUGAGAGCCAGCAUUGGCCUAACUUACUUUGUAUUAUCCCCUGCACUUUUGUCACAACGCAUUGCCUUUGUUCAUUCAAUUUUGCCUUAGUUACUUGUUUUACCGAAUCUUCAACAACCAAAGUCUGUGAUCGCAGACACCAAGCACUGCGCCAACGGGAGAACCUCGCUAGCCAGUGGACACUAGCAUUGUGGAUUCAAGUCAAGUUAAUUUCGGCCCACCGUAUGCAAUAAAGUCCAUUCUGCCGCUUGCCGUACUGUGAUUACGUCGUAUUGUAGCGCAGGCGGAAUCCCGCGUUCCCCACGUUCAGCCAGACAACCAAACGGCUGGAAUCGACAUCACCACAACCUCACAUUGAAGUGACAUAACACACCGAUCGGCUGCUGUACGUGCCAACCGGGCGUGACAUCUGCGCAACGACGCAGGUAUCAUUUUUUUUUUUCAGCUGGAAGAACUUGAGUUCCCUACGCGUUGGUCAAACACCGAACUGCGUCGAUCGAAAUCAGAAAUCGUUUUGCAACCAAACAUCGUCGGCGGCGCCAACGAGCAUGGCCGUGACGGAGAGCACCCCCCUAUGUGCGACGGAAACCCUCAUUUCGAAACGAAAGCGACGCCAUUACCGCACUUCAGUCGUUCCGAUACAUUGGCAGCUUCGGUCAUUAAUCGGUAGUGGCCGCGAUGGGGUCGUCUAUUUCGCCACUGGUAAUGGCAACCUCCACCUACAAAGGCUAGACACCAAGUCUCUUGAGACCGAAACUAUACAGCUUCUGUCAUUCUCCCCUCGUUGUCUCGUGGCUCAAAAUGGAUGGGUUUGCUGUGGUGGGGAGACGGGGGAGUUCGUUGCGGUUCAGGUCGAACCUCAAACCGCUACUCGCAGAGGCUCCUUGCCUGGUCGAAAUUCUCCCCCUAUAUCUUUCCCCGCGGGCAGAUCCGAUGCAUCGAUGAUACCAUUUCCACGCUCCCACCUGAUUGCGCCUAUGCCACGGAAUAAGGUUUUCGGCAAAGAGCGCGUCAACUGUAUAACCCUAUGGUUCCCGCCAAACUAUGUGCAACCGCACGAACGUGCUUACAAGUCGCCGGUUGCUGUGUUAGCAAACAACGAUAAGCACGUCACCAUUGUCGAUCUUCAAACCAUGGACAGUAUCGACAAUUUAGAAUACCCAGACUGUGUGAACCGGGCACUCAUCUCUCCUGACGGACAUCUCCUCGUUGCAGUCGGUGACGACCCAUAUCUCUAUGUUCAUGAGCGUGCCGACACGCCUGACACCAGCCUUGGGGGUGAUGUAUCGAUGGAGCGAUCCAUAAGUUCUUGGCAGCUAGUGCAAAAGGUCCAUUUGAAAAGCCAGCGGAAGCAUGACAAAUCAGAUCACCGCGGUAGCUUUGCGGCUUGCUUCUCUAACACAGGCUCUUAUCUCGCAGUAGGGACACAGUAUGGCAUGAUCUCUAUUUUUGAAACAUCUGCCAUAUUGGAACAUGGGGAGGACGCGCUUCGCGCUUACUUUCCGUCUUCAAGGCCAGCAGUUGACAAUGCCUCUCCUCAUGACCCUCUUUCGGCCCUGGGUGCAGUGCGGGAGAUGGCAUUUUCCCCCGGCCCACAUGACAUUUUGGCAUGGUCGGAAGACCGCGGCCGCGCGGGGGUCGCGGACUUGCGUUCCGGAUUCGCUACACGUCAAAUACUCUAUCUCAAUGGAGAAGACAAGGCAACAGAGCAUUUGGAUAUAGCUGACAAGAGCGUCAUUGACCCAAGAAGAUUGGACACUCAUACGUCCCGAUCUGGCACAGCGGCUGGGGAUCUACUAAGAACAAUUGACACUUCGGAUUCUGGAGGCCAGCGUACUCGUCAAGAGGACAGUUACCAAAGUCCGCUGACUGGAGAAGAAACCCAGGUUCUAGAGGCGCUGCAAGAGCACAGGCGACGGAGAGAGCAACGAGCGGCAGCGGCCCGAGAAUUAAUGAGGCAUCGAUACAGUUCGACAACUACAGCCCCAUAUUUGGCCAGGGCAGCCGCAGCGACUGGGGCGGAGUCGAGGCCGACAGCACCACCGCCGCCAGCCCAGUUGAUUGAUAGUGAGAGAGAACGGGAAGCAGAACGUAACAUGGCCAGGGCGCGAAGGCCUGCACUACCGCCGGCGCCUGCCCAGUCGACCGACAGUGAAAGAGCGCGCUGGGAAUCGGAGCGUCGCGAUGCGUUGGCGGACUUUUUGAUUAGCGAGGCCGCUAAUCGUAUCGAGGACCCGUCGCGUAUUGCAGGGCAGACAUUGAGCCCCGCCACUAGGAUGUAUAUGCGAGUACAGGAGAGGAAUGCGCGCGAGGAGCGCCUUUCGCGACAAAGGAGAGCACAGGAAGGGCGGCCGGCACGCAACGAGGGUGCAGCAUCGCAAGGUCAGGAACAAGAGGCCAGACGAACUGGUGACUUUGCGGGCCAAAGGCGAGAGCAGAACGUUGACGCACACAGAGAGCUUGUCCAGCGGUUUCUCCGCGACAAUGAGGAGGAAACGUCAUCCUCAAGCGCCACUACGGAGCGCUAUUGGACGGAACGGUAUCGAGCCAGUGUGGGGACGGCUGCAGACUCAAACGCAGCCUCUAGAGUCGAACCUGGGACAACACAAACCAGGGUUUCGACAACACAGUCUGAUUCGGCGCGAGAUCCCGACUGGAUGGCGGGACUCACUUUACCAAUUCAGCUUCCAGCGCGUCGUUCAAAUAUUGCUACCCGUACGACUACUGGGACUGACAACACGGGUGGCAAUGCGCGAAUAAGCAGCUGGGGUGAAUUGGGAGCUCUUUACGGGGCAAUGUCUAACAUUGCUGUUUCCAAUCAUCCCCUUGGUGGAAGCGAACUUCCUAUCUAUAUGAACGAAACGACCGCGGAGCCUCGGCAGACUUCGAGCAACGUGGCAACCAUUGCGUCACUGAGGGAUCAUGCGCUGAGGGACCACGAGGCGGCGUGGUUUUCGUUGUUGAGGCAGGUUGGGAUGCACACGAACAGAGCCACUACCAGGACGGCGGGCGACGAAACUGCCGGAUUGACCUGGAGUGACGACGGAUCGAUUUUAUACGUCGGUGCCGUAGACGGCAUAUAUGAGUUCCACGUGGACAUCCAUUCACGCAAGUUUAAUCCUAGCAUUCAACUGCGCUGAAAGAUCCCCCGCUGCGCUCUUGUGCAGCACCAAGAAACGAGGAAACGAAUAGUUUUUUUUUUUUUUUUACGGCAAGAGGUCUUUUUCUUUUUCUCUUAUGAGUGUGAUAUUAUACCCUAAAAGUACAACCAUCAUAUUGCAGCGUUAUAUGAAUUUACUUAUUGCAUGUAUUGUAGUUAUUUCAUCAUUAAAUUGUAUUUUAAAGUAGCAGAUAGGUAGAAUAGGAAUCCUCAAGUUGAAAUCGG